UCGUGCCUCCAUUGGUGAAGCACUUUGGCCGGGUUUACAACGGACGUGACAAGCCUGCGGCCGUAAGUGACCAAUCACAGCCGAGUGAGUAUUCUUUUCGCACUCGACUGUGACUGGUCAAUUUCUCACGGCUCAAGUCUCGCUGCGCCUAUUGCAGAGCUCGGGCUUUUCGCAACGCACCUUUCACCUCGAGGCCUCGCUAAAGGUCCCGGUUGAUCGCGCUUGAUCGCACCGGAGUGGGGGCCUGGUGGGGCCCUCAAUCGCGAAAUCGAGAGAGAGGGGGACGAUCAAUGUUGUGUAGGGCCCCGUAAGUGUGUCGGGGGGCCUGUCAUAUGUCGGAUUUUCCGUUCCGCGUCCGCGAAACGCGAUCGCGCACGUUCCUCGACGACCGCACAGGCGACUCGACGAAUUCCAGGGCACGCGCGCCCGACCGUUCACCGCGUCCCGUCGGUCCCCCCCGCGCGAGCGUAAACGCGCUCUCGGGCCCCGCCAGCUGCUUCGGGGAGCUGGAAUGCAGGAUCAACAUGGAGGUGGUGGCGAAUAGAUCGAUAUUGCUCGGUGAUGUCACGCGCGGUCGCUGACUCUCCCGUCCGGCAUCCCGUUUAACGGAGCAUGGAAUGGAAGGAUCAUGCCCACUCCUCUUUCCUAGCUUCGGGGAGCAGAGCGGCUCUGAGCAGGGAGGAGGCUACUCGUCGCAGAAGGUCGGCGUUUAUCGAUCAGGCGCGGACGCCAUCGACUUGGGCUACCACACCCUCGACAACAAUGCUUGUCGCACCACGUCGUCGUCGUCCUCGUCCACCCCGGGCGUGCCCAGCACGCCGACUCGCCAACAGCAGCAGCAGCAACAGCAACAACAACAACAGCAGCUACCGCAGCCCAAGCACCAUCUGGUUCACCAUGUGGCGGUCAACGACCUCUGCCAACUCGAUGACAAUCUGUUGCUGAGGAUCUUUAGCUGGCUCGACACCCGCGACCGCUGCUCCCUGGCGCAGACCUGCCGGCGCCUCUGGGAGAUCGCGUGGCACCCGGUGCUCUGGCGGGAGGUCGAGGUGCGCUACCCGCAGAACGCCACGGCGGCGUUGAACGCCCUGACGCGGCGCGGCUGCCACACGUGCGUCCGACGUCUGGUCCUGGAAGGCGCCACCGGAUUGCCCGGCAUUUUCGCCCAACUGCCGUACCUCAAUCUAACGUCCCUCGUGUUGCGACACUCCCGUCGAGUCACCGACGCCAACGUCACCACCGUGCUGGACAGCUGUGCCCAUCUCCGAGAGCUCGACCUGACCGGCUGUCCCAAUGUCACCCGCGCCUUCGGUCGCACUACCAUUCUGCAGUCGCUCGAUCUCAGCGACUGCCACGGCGUCGAGGAUUCCGGCCUGGUGCUGAGCCUGUCGCGCAUGCCGCACCUGGGCUGCCUCUACCUACGUAGGUGCGGCCGCAUCACCGACGCCAGCCUGGUCGCCAUCGCCUCCUACUGCGCCAGCCUGCGUCAGCUCUCGGUGUCGGAUUGCGUGAAAGUUACGGACUUUGGGGUGCGCGAGCUGGCGGCGCGUCUCGGCCCGUCCCUCCGCUACUUCUCCGUAGGCAAAUGCGACCGCGUGUCCGACGCCGGUCUGCUGGUAGUCGCCCGCCACUGCUACAAGCUGCGCUACCUCAACGCCCGCGGUUGCGAGGCGCUCAGCGAUAGCGCGACCAUCGCCCUGGCGCGCGGCUGCCCGCGUAUGCGCGCCCUGGACAUAGGCAAGUGCGACAUCGGCGACGCGACCCUCGAGGCGCUCUCCACCGGCUGCCCGAAUCUCAAGAAGCUGUCCCUGUGCGGAUGCGAGAGGAUCACCGACGCCGGCCUCGAAGCGCUGGCCUACUACGUGCGUGGCCUGCGGCAGCUCAACAUCGGCGAGUGCUCCAGGGUCACGUGGGUCGGCUAUCGCGCGGUCAAACGCUACUGCCGACGUUGCGUCAUAGAGCACACCAACCCUGGAUUCUCCAGCUGAUGUAACUCGGUCAACAAUGGCUGUGUUCUCCAGAAGUUAGCGCUUAAUAAGCGCUUUAUGCUGAUUGGAUAGAUCUAGAAGAAUAGCUCUAUUUCAGC